AAUGAAUGCAAUGGUGUAAUGUUAUACUCUGUGUGUGUGUGUGUAAAUAUAUAUAUUUCGACCGAAAUGUACACCUUUCAUUUCAAUUUCAACAGAAUCAUUCUAUAGACCAAGGUAUGGGUAAUGUAAACUGAAUAUAUUCAAAAAACCGAUUGUUGAUAAUUUGUUACAUAACUAAUAUAUAUUGGAUAUUUUCAUUGAGAUAUAUGAAUUGAUCGUGAGUGAGCAGUAACUUUAUUAAAACACGAGACUCAAUGUACUGCGUUGGAUUCCCGGUAGGUGACUGUCGUGGACGCACACUGCUGAAUCGUCUCAUUUAGCGACAAAACAGUCGUCUGUCUCUUGUCCUACAUUCAUUGGUUAGUGAUCUCAGCAAAGGCUUCAAUUAGUGACUUCGAUUCAAGCCUGUAAUGCAUAGUAGUCGAUUAAUUCACAAAUCAAACACUGAUGACAUUAAUGUACUUUCACAUUACAAUCUGGUGUGCAUGCAAUUGUUAUGGCAAUAAACAAUUUGUCAAUGAAUAACAAUUGUAUAUGUUACGUGAAUAUUUUCUCAACUAGAUGACAUGAAUGCGUUAUAAUGUGGCUUAUGAUAUUUUACUAAUGAACGUUUGUAAUCAGUGAUUGUUAUCAGUGCUUUAAUGACCGUUUUACAAUUUUCAGAUAUUAUCGCACAUUUCUGAUUAUCAAUCCUCAUAACUGACGUCCAAUCACUUCUGUAAUAAACACCAUGCGUGAAAGUUUUGAUAUAGUUGUACGAAGAGAUAAAUAUACAUUGACAGUCAAAUUGUUGUACAGUGUAUCAAUUAUUCUAUUGAUCAUAUGGGUGAUGAACAUUGUACCGAGUCUCUUUCAAUGGAGAAUCAAUCAAGUCGAUCAUGAUGUAAUACUUAAAACAAUAGAAUUUUCGUGCAAUAAUAUAUCUGUUCCAAACGGGUCAGAAUCAGAUCUUGCUAGUGUAUUACACAAAAUAUAUUCCCCUAUCAGUAAAACGUCCGUUCAAAAAUACCCACUGAGAUUUAGUCUGGAAGAAAAUAGACUUGAGAAAUUAUACGAUUCAUUGGGUGUGAAUAAGAUGGUGAAGACGUUUCUCAAAUAUGGUCAUCGUGCAAUUAUUACACCGAUGAACUUUUCAAAAUGUCAUGCUUCGAAAUGUGCAGUUAUCACUGACAUGAACAGAUGGCGAGAAGCUGAUGCACUUAUACUGACAGAACAUAAAGUGCCAAAUGGAAUUCGACCUCCAGAGCAAUUAUGGUUUAGUUUAAUACAUGAGUCACCUGUACAUAUUGCUAUGGCAGGUACACUGGAAAAUGAAAUUAAUCACACUAUCUCCUUCCGUCUGGAUUCAACGAUUUAUUCACCAUACGGUUCCUAUGAGCCAUACAUGAAGCACCAUGGACCAGAAACACGAUAUCCUUUACCUUCCAGAAACUUUGCUACUGGAAAAUCAAAAAAAGUUGCAUGGUUUGUGAGUAACUGUAAUCCGAAAAGUCCAAGAAUGCAAUACGCCAAAGAACUUUCACGACAUAUCACGCUUGAUAUUUAUGGUCAGUGUGGCACGUUAUCGUGUCCAAAGUAUAUUCCAACAGAUACCUCAUCAGUUAGUUGCUUGAAAAUGAUUAGCGAAAAUUAUAAGUUUUAUUUGAGCUUCGAAAAUAGUUUGUGCAGUGAAUACAUAACAGAGAAGUUGUAUAAAAAUGCAUUGAAAAACGAUAUACUUCCAAUUGUGAUGGGUGCAUCGAUAGAAGAAUAUGAAAGAGUCGCUCCUCCAUACUCGUUUAUUCACGUUGAUCAAUUCGAAUCACCAGGGAAACUGGCAGACUAUUUGAAGUAUUUGGACAAGAACGAUACUGCAUAUAAUGAAUAUUUUGCAUGGCAUGGUCAUGGAAUCAUACAUGAUCGGGAUUCACAACCUCAAUGUGCAAUGUGUCUGCUAGCUCAUACAUCUCAUGCAUUUGGUCCAUAUUGGGUUCCGAGUGUGGCACGAUGGUGGAAUGAUGGAUGUAAUGGUCGGGAAUUGCGUUGGAAUCCAUGAAACAUGAAUAUUGAGAACAGAAACAUUGUUUUAUAUUAGAUUGUAUUAAAUUUUAAUGAACAUAGUGCUUUCUGUGGUAUAGAUCAAAUUACAUUUGAAAAUGGACAAUAUUUUACAGAUAAUAACAAUUCUGAUAUUUUUCAUGAAAACACUUGUCACGUUAACUCAGACAAUUUCAUAUGGAAUGAUUAUGGAGCAACAUUAUGCUUUACACUAUUCACAAAUGAUUGUAAUAUGAUAAUGAGAAAGGUAUAAAUGUUCAUAAUGGAGAAGUAUUGGCAAAGAAAAUAACGAAAAUUGGAUUUGAGGGGGGGAAAGUAUUAUCUUUUCAUAUUAACUUUCCAUCCUAAAUUUCGACCAAUUUUAAUAUCAAUACCAUGGGUUAUAAUAAUUAACACCGUCUAAAUUGUAGUUUCAACUGAUUCACGUGAUUAUUGGAUAAAUGGAUAAUUGGACAAAUGUAAAUAUUAGUCAGUUGGUUAAUGGCAAAAAAUAGUCGUGUAGAUGAAUGGACAAUAAUAUCAAAGGGUUUUUUGAUUAGACAUGUAUAGUUUUACAAUUGAUUGAUCACUGAGUGGUGAUCAAUAUCAUGUGCGUCAAGUCGUUCUUAGUGUAGAUCGAAUGAUAUCGACCAAAUUACAAUGCGGCCACUAGUCUAGGUGACUCAACAUUGCGUGCACUAUGUUGAGAUAAGAUGGUCAGAUUGAAGAAUCUGUGCGAACCCCUUAUAGAUGUAAAUGUGAUUAUUUAAAUGAAUGAUGUAGAAAGGGAUUAUUUACUCAACAUAAUAUACGCUAUCUGACUGAAGGGUAGUGAUGCUACUUGGAUGGCUAGAGGGUAGGUCGUGCGAGAUCGUUUCGAACAUGUGACACAAUGUCACUAUUCAAAGCAAUAAUUAUGUUGAGUGAGAUAUGAUUCUUGUUGUCUAAACUACUAGAGAGAAAAUGUCCUAUUGCUUUGUCUGUUCUUUGUUCACCUAUAAAAUACGACAUUUUGCAAUAACAUCAAGUCGCUUAGUUCUGCAUCACGUGCGUAGUCAAAAGUGUGUGAAGAAAACAAGCUGGAGACAUUAUCAGAUAUGGCUCAGAAUAGAAGCCAGUGGCGAUCCUGCUGUAACCUUAUUUUGCUUUCUUCAUAAAGAGUGGUUGUAUCUUCCUUAACUGAAAGAUUUCUUCUGGUUGAGCCCUUCCGUUCCCCCCAUUAUUAUUAUUAUUAUUAUAAAUAUUACACUUCCUUACACUAAUCUGGUCGUUAUUGUUCCUCUUCUUCUUUUUUUUCUUUUACGCUCCUUACCUUUCUCUCCCCAUUCUCAUUGUUUUGUGCAGCGCA